AUGUGGCCCUCGGUUCUGGUCCUGCUGGCUCUCUGUGCCACCACGAAAACAGAGGAAAACACAACGGAUGUUCGGGCAGAAGGAGAGAAACUCGUCAUAGCCAGAGGGAAACUGCUGGCUCCUAGUGUGGUGGGAUGAGCCAUAAAGAAAAUGCCGGAGCUCCACAACUUCCUCAUGGAGCGCUGGGCACUGUAUCACAAUCUGGAGUAUAAAUCAGGAGAAGAUAAAAAACCACGUUUGAUCCUCUACAAUGACAAGGAUGAGGUGGUGAAGACAGUUCAUGUGAAGAAGAUGACGGCAGAUGAAAUCAGUGCUCUCCUUGACUCUCUGGGCUUCUAUAAGAGGUCCACAAAAGGUGAGGACGUCCCUGAAGAAUUUAGGAACUUCCCUCUAAGAGCACCAAGAGACGAACUCUGACCCCUGGUGGCCGACAGUCAUACCUGCACCAGCUGAAUAAUGACGCUCAGGACCUAAAGACCCUAAUCCGGAGUCAGGUUCUGGGCUGAGACUCUUAUAGCUCGGUGCAGCUAAAGACUUGAUGAGUUUUGCAAUAAAAGUGUUUAAAUUAA